AUGGGGGGAGCCGGGCGUCUGAUGAGGAUGGAAAAACCGCGGUCAAAGUUGGUGCUCGCAGCCGUCCGUGUCCGUCCUCCGCUGAAGCCCACCGACCCCGGCUACGAAUUGAUCCCGCAGCGUUUCCAACGUUCCAUGGCCCAUGUCACGUCGCCGACAAGCUUAGCCGUCGAUGUACCACAGGGUCGUAAGCUCUUCGUUUUUGAUCGCGUUUUCGCCGAAACUAUCGAACAGGAGGGCGUCUGGGAGUAUCUUAGCGACAGCGUCGGUUCCUUCCUGCAAGGGUACAAUGUCUCCAUUUUGGCUUACGGCCAGUCUGGUGCCGGUAAAUCCUACACAAUGGGAACCUCAGGCCCAAAUGAGCAGAACGACACUUCGGCGAUGGGUAUUAUCCCGCGUGCCGCUCAACUUCUAUUCGAGAAACUAGAAGGCCCCAAACAUUCUCGCAACAGUUCCACCGGUCUCCGUACGCCAUCCCGAUAUUCAGUUAGCUCUGCAUCAAGCUUUGGAAAACAAAGCCUUGAUAAGAAUUGGCAGUUGAAAGCUACCUACGUCGNGAUUUACAACGAACAAUUGAGAGAUCUGCUCCUUCCAGACUCCGUCCCCUCGUCAGAUCGGAGUGCCGUCACCAUCCGCGAAGACACCAAGGGCCGCAUUAUCCUGACCGGCUUACACCAAGUAAACAUCAACUCUUUUGAGGAUCUUAUCGGGGCUUUGAAUUUCGGUUCGUCCAUUCGACAGACCGACUCUACCGCAAUCAACGCCAAAUCUUCGCGAUCUCAUGCAGUCUUCAGUUUGAACCUUGUCCAGCGAAAGUCUGGCAGCGGUGGAACGUCACAAAAGGACAAGCGCAUGUCCAUGCCGGUCGAGAUGCCCUCUGGUGGCGAUCAGUCCGUAACAGUCGACAGCAAGCUCCACUUUGUCGAUUUGGCCGGAAGUGAGCGUUUGAAAAACACCGGAGCUUCCGGUGAGCGUGCCCGCGAAGGUAUUUCGAUUAACGCUGGUCUUGCUGCUCUGGGGAAGGUCAUCUCGCAACUAUCCUCUCGCCAAGCUGGCUCUCACGUUUCCUACCGUGACUCCAAACUUACUCGACUGCUUCAGGACUCGCUGGGUGGAAACGCUUACACAUACAUGAUUGCGUGCGUUACCCCUGCAGAAUUCCAUCUCAGUGAAACCUUGAACACAGUCCAGUAUGCACAGAGAGCGAGAGCGAUCCAAAGCAAACCUCGUAUACAGCAGGUUGCCGAUGAAGGCGACAAGCAUGCAGUGAUUGAGAGACUCAAGGCCGAGGUUGCCUUUUUGCGGCAACAACUGCGCAAUGCGGAGGAUAAUGAACGACGAACUGUCGCUCCCCAGGAACGCGCUGAACGCCAGAAUGAACGUGAAAUUGAGCUCCAAAACCAACUUCUCGAUGUCCAGGAGGGUUAUAACGCACUAAGCCAACGCCAUGCCAAGCUAAUCUCUGAGCUUGCGAGGGAUUCGCAGCAGACUCCAGCUAAUGGCGAGAAUGGUGACGUGGAAUCCGCUGUGGGUGAUUCUGUUGAGAGGCUUAAGCGAUCACACUCAUUCGCGGAAUCGGUUGAACAAGUUGUUCUAGAGUACGAAAAGACUAUCCAGAGUCUCGAGUCUUCGCUUUCAAACACCCGGACUUCCUUGUCCACAACGGAAAGUACUCUCCUCGAACGUGAGACCAAAUGUGCCUACGUUGAAACGGUCAACACUCAGCUCCAGACCCGCAUCCAGAAACUUUUGGACCGAGAGUCUAGCACGGAAACCUAUCUCCAUGAACUAGAGUCUAAGCUCGACGGCCAAACCUCUGGCGAAGAGCAACAUGCCGCGAUAGUACAAGAACUGCGCAAAGAGAUCAGCCGCUGUCGCGAUAGUGAGGCCAGUUGUGAAGAUUAUAUAUCCACCUUGGAAGAGCGCCUAGCCGAGGCCGACCAAGACAUGGAACUUAUGCAACGCGAGAUUGACCGUCUGGAGCACGUUGUUGAUCGUCAACGAAGCCUCGGCAAACUGGACACUCUCCUUCACGAGUUGGACAACAUCCAAGGCAAGAAAGAGGACGAGACUCAAGCCCAACUCAAGUCGGAUAUUGCUCCUCCAGGAGCCUACCAACCACGAAAGCGUGGGAUGUCUCUUGACGUACUAACCGAGGCCGCUGAAACAGCUAUCCCAGAUUCCGAUGAGGGUCUGGCUGAACCAAUCCCCGAGGAAGUCGAGGGCGAGACUGAAGAGGCCGAGUCGACGACAAAGCAAGGUGACUCCGGUCUGAAGGCCCUUGAAAGUGCUACUAGCCGCCUUGAAAACCUUGAGAAUGGACAUGUCCGGAGCGGAUCUUCAAGCCCUACUCAGAUGCGGGUUGUUUCCGAUAAGUUGGAAACCGUUAGCCAGGAGCUGUUCGACCUACGUAUGCAGCACGAGAACACCCUCAAUGACUACGAGACCCUUGAGGCCAAGUACGAGGAAGCCUUGAGAACCAUGGCGGAACUUCGCCAGGAUGCUGCGGAUGAGGACCGCCACGCAAACACCCGAAACAUCGUCCCGACCACAACUUCUCGUCCCGUUUCUUUUUUAGAGGAUACCAAGGCUCCCGCGUCGAAAGCUGGAACACAACACUCGUUCUCGCAAUCACUCUCAUCGGAAUUAUCCUUGGCCGGGGAGCCUGUUACUUCGCAAGACUCAUAUAAUGCGAACACGCCGCAAACUACCGUUGAUUCUCAAGACGGAACUGUGCCCAACGGAACACACGAUGAUGAAAAUCUACGUAGGCUUAUUUUGGAUCACCAAGAGAGCGUCAACGUGAUGAAACAGAAAUACACUGAGCUCGAGGCGGAACACGAGGAUACCCUAAGCUUAGUCGAAUCCCUCAAGACCCAGCUACAGAGAUCGAAAUCUACCUCCCCUCCGACAACACCCGGCUUCAAUCCUGUCAUUCGCCGAAAGACCAGCCAAAGUAUCAUGUCGAAUGUUGACCGAGCUUACCGUUCAAUCACCGGCCUGCGCAGUCUCGCAACUGAGGAAUUUUCCUCUCGCCCGGAUACUAUGCAGAACUUCGACCUUCAUCUGGAUGGUGCGAUGCACGAGCUUCAUGUCCGCAUGGAACGUAUCCAGCAACUGGAAUCGGAGAACCAGAGCGUGAAGAAGGAGAUGGAAAUGAAAUCCACCAUCAUUUCAGGUCUUACUCGGGAACGAUCCAGUUUGCAGGGCGCCUCUCCGGUUGACAGGGGACUUGUGAACCAACUACGUGACCAGAUUGUCCAGCAAGAGAACACACUAAACCAGAUGAAGGAAGCCCACGAAAUGAGGGAGAAGGUCCUUCUUGAGGAAAUUGAGGAACUGAGGGGCAUCCUGAAGACCCAGGAAGAAGCAGCCAAGGCGCAGGAUGCUCAUGUGGAAGAGCAGGAGAAGAAGAUCACGAGCCUUGAGGGCGAGCUGACACAAUGGCAAGGCAAGCACCAGAACGCCAUUGAAUCCCUGCAGUCAUCGGAGAAGCAACUCCAAUCUACCCUGGCGGAUCUCAACGGCGCUCUUGCUACAAUCGACACUAUGCGUUCUGAGAGUGGCACUUCUCGUGAAGUCACUGACAAGGAAGUGGCAGCGACACAACUGGAAAGUGACCGCGCAGAGCAAAACCAGGUUGUGGAAGAGUUAAGACGAAAGGUUGAGGAGCAUGAAAGCACGUCCGCCACUCAUCUGGCAAAGAUUGCUUCUCUUGAGAAGCUGCACGAGGCCCAAAAGGGAGCCACUGAAUCUGCGUCAACUUCGACUGAAAUCGAUGCCCGCCAGACCCGCAUUGCCGAGCUAGAGCAAGAGAUUGAAAGCCACAAAUCCCUUGCUAAUUCACACAAGGCGGAAUUUGAGUCUUUGCAGACGUCUCAUAAGCAAGAGCUGGAAGAGCUGGAGACUCGAACCAAGGCCGCUGCCCAAGGUGAGCAUGAAUUACGCAUCGCCGAGCAAAAUAACCAGCACGAAGAGGCUAUGGUGGCCUUGCGAACUGAAAUUUCUGAGUCACGCGACGAGCUGGCUAAGCUACUUGGCAUGGUUUCCAACCUUAUCAAGUCUGAUGUCACAGCAGACAACCUGGCGGAUCAGAUCCAAGACAUUCUCACCCAGAAGCAGCACUUCUCAGACAAGUAUGCCGAACUUAUGGGCUCGAAUGAAGAUCUCCGUAAGCAGAUCGAGGCCAGACAAGGAGAUGACAACCGUGUGGAAGAGCUCAACAAGGCUGUUUUGGACAAGGAUGGCAAGGUCAAUGAGCUUGCUUUGCUCGUGGCCACGUUGGAAGACACUCUCCUGCAGAGGGAUGAACAGAUCAAGAAGAAGGAAGCGCUCGCUGCGGAAGCCCUGGCCGAGAAGCAAAAGAGCGCGCGCCUCGUCGAAGAACUCGAGGACCAGAUCACCAACAGCUUCGACCAGCACAACAACCGACUUUCUGUCAUUCAACAGGAGCGUGACCAGGCUCUGGAAGACGCCAAGGCUAAGAUCGUGACUUACGAGAAGGAUAUCGAGACUUACCGUGUGCGCAUUGAGCAGCUCGAGCUUCAAAUCAAGAACCAAGACAACUCCCACGACCGCAGCAGCUCUCUCACAUCCAACCUCCGCAAGAGCUCUUCGGCGGCGUCUCUUCCUUCGCCCCCGCCUGCUAUUCCCCUUCCACCUCUCCCUACAAUUGCCGCCGCUACCAACGGCACUUCGUCUCCUCCAAGCUCUCGGCACACUAGCAAGGAGCUGGUCGGCAGCCAGGUUGUCGAGGAACAGGAGGCUCGUAUCCGUACUAUCGAGAAGCAUCUAAAUGCUGAGAAGCAACUCACCGCCACUCUGGAGGAGGCUCUGGGCGACCUAGAAGCACAGAGCAACAAGGUCAAGUCCGACUGCGACGCCUGGAAGAAGAAGGCCUGGCAACUGGAGGAAGAGCUAGGCACUAUGCGCAAAGAACGCAGCUCUCAACGUCUCUCGCUUCAAGCCGUCGAGGAAGAGAGGAGCGCUCGUCGCGAGGCCGAAGCUGCUCGAGCCCAACUCGAGGAGCGUAUGAACGCACUAAACAAAAAGAAGAAGAAGAGCACGCUCAACUGCUUCUAG